UAAAAUAUUCACACCACUGCACUUAAUAUUAUUAAUACAACCACUGCACCCUUGAAAAUUAUGGACAGUCUUGAGGCACCCUUUAAAAUUAUGGACAGUCUUGAGGCACCCUUUAAAAUUAUGGACAGUCUUGAGGCACCCUUUAAAAUUAUGGACAGUCUUGAGGCACCCUUUAAAAUUAUGGACAGUCUUGAGGCACCCUUUAAAAUUAUGGACAGUCUUGAGGCACCCUUUAAAAUUAUGGACAGUCUUGAGGCACCCUUUAAAAUUAAGGACAGUCCCGAGGCACCCUUUGAAAUUAUGGACAGUCCCGAGGCACCCUUUAAAAUUAGGGACAGUCUUGAGGCACCCUUUGAAAUUAUGGACAGUCCCGAGGCACCCUUUGAAAUUAUGGACAGUCUUGAGGCCCCCCUUUACAAUUAUGGACAGUCUUUAGGCACCCGAUUCUAAAAUGGG